GUGCGUCUUCACUGUGAGCGCGGAUUACAACUCUUCUAAUAGUGGUGACUUUAUGCAUUUCCAUCAGAAUAAAACACCACGUUGGAAAAGUCUCGUUAAAAACUGUGACUAAUACUUGCUAAAAUAUUAAAGAAGUUUAUCCACUAAAUGUAAUGAAUACGGAAAGGAUGCCUCGAUGUAACAGGCGGCACACUAUGUUUGUUUUAUAGGCUUUGUGUCGGUGACAGUUAGCAGCUACAGUAGUGGAGGAAUGCGCUUUUGGAAAGCAUGAAGCGCUUAGGUCUUCGUGUCCCAGAGGAAACCCAGCAUACAGAAAGACUUGAAAAAGAAGCAUCUGUUCAUAAACUUUCCACGUGUGAAUCCCUAACAACCGAAACGGCUCCAGAGUGAAGACAAGCUCCGAUGAAUGGACAGCAGGAUGUAUUCUGGUCAGACUGGUCUGAAUUACAGCUUCAACCUGAGCGAUGAACGGGAGCUGGUGGACGCGCCGGCGGGCAGAGGGAAGCUCUCCCCGACGGGCUUCGUCGUGCUCUCCGUGGUGCUGGGCUUCAUCAUGACUUUCGGCUUCCUCAACAACUUUAUCGUGCUGCUCCUGUUUUGCAAAUUCAAGAAGCUGCGAACACCGGUGAACAUGCUGCUGCUGAACAUCAGCGUCAGCGACAUGCUGGUGUGUUUGUUCGGCACCACGCUCAGUUUCGCCUCCAGUAUCCGGGGGAGGUGGCUGCUGGGGCGCAGCGGCUGCAGCUGGUACGGCUUCAUCAACUCCUGCUUCGGUAUCGUGUCACUGAUCUCUUUGGUAAUCCUCUCCUACGACCGCUACAGCACUCUGACUGUAUACAACAAACGUGGGCCAGACUAUCACAAGCCCCUGCUGGCUGUCGGGUGCUCUUGGCUAUACGCCUUGUUUUGGACAAUUCCCCCUCUGUUGGGCUGGAGCAGCUAUGGCAUAGAGGGGGCGGGAACCAGCUGUUCUGUGUCCUGGACGGUUCAGACGGCCCAGUCGCACGCUUACAUCAUCUGCCUCUUUAUUUUCUGCCUGGGUCUUCCCAUCGUGGUGAUGAUCUACUGCUACAGCAGGCUGUUAUUGGCAGUCAAACAGGUGGGUAAGAUCCGAAAGACUGCGGCACGGAGGAGAGAGUACCACAUACUGUUUAUGGUUCUGACUACAGCUGCCUGCUAUAUGUUGUGCUGGAUGCCUUACGGUGUCGUGGCCAUGAUGGCAACAUUUGGCCCACCCAACAUCAUAAGUCCCGUGGCCAGCGUGGUGCCCUCACUACUGGCCAAGAGCAGCACCGUCAUCAACCCUCUUAUCUAUAUACUCAUGAAUAAACAGUUCUACAGGUGUUUCCUGACUCUGUUUCACUGCGAUCACUGGUCAGCAGAAAAUGGCAACAACUCGAUGCCCUCCAAGACCACAGUAAUCGCGCUCAACCGCAGAGUCUACAGCAACACGGUGGCCUGCACCGCCCAGAUGUCCACUGACACUCCCAACAAGUGUGGCAGCAUCUCGGCCACCAAGAACACAAACCCCCCCGAGGUCACAACCUGAGCCUGACCAUUGACACAGGAAACACAGUGAUGAAGCAGCAAAAACUCAAUUUGACAGCCACACUUAUAACAUGAACUGCCGGGAAUGUGAACUACAGUAUGAUGCAUUUAGAGAGUAAAUGUUCUUUAUGUGUGAGCUUGUGUCUGUCCUUGACAUGGACAAUUGUAAAAAAAAAAAGUACCAAAUGUCUGGAGACAUACAUGUAUAAUAAACACUAUAUGGCCAAAAGAUUGCAGAUACCUGACCAUUACACCUAAUAUGUGAUUGUUGAGAACAUGACUAUGCUGUUGUAACAGCCUUUACUUUUCCAAGUAACAAGAUUUUGCGCCCAUUCAGCCAAAGUGCGAGGUCGUUUUUUUAGGGAUUUAGAUCAGGGUAGCAGUAUAGCAAAAUUAUAAAUCAGUAUUAUUUUGAUUAAGACAAAACAUUGUGAAACAGAAUGUGGUGCAAUGAUUGUUUUAUCUGGAUUAUCUUGAUUUCAUAUUAGCUGAAAGCCAAGAGCACAAUGGAAAAUAGAUUUAUAAAUUGCCCUGGCCUAGGUCGAUGCUCCCUGCACCAAGCUAUGAAAACUAUUUAUUCUCUUUCUUUGUGCACAGGGGAUCCUAUUGUCAAAAAUAUCAUUGUGUUUUAAAGCAUAGGAAAUUUCCUUAAUUGGAACUGAGGAGCAUUGCAAAAAAAAGACCAAAAUUACAACGCAAUAUGUGGACAUCUACUUUUGGCCAUGUAGCGUACUUAACCUUGUUUUAUCCGUCUAUAUGUCUUUCAAAUAGUUAUUGUUCCAUCAAUUCCAAAAUAUAAUAGUUCAUAUUUUUAAAAGGUUUAAAGGAUGUAGCCUACAUGGUUUCAAUGAAGUCACCGGUCAGUGUUACCAUCUAUGAAGCGCAUUUUCUCUCGAUUACACUGGAAUCGCGAAAAACUGCAUAAAGUAUUUUAUGGUUGUCAAACUCUUGUUUCUUAAAGAUUUCCAACCCAUUUUUUCCACCCCAACCAUCUUUUCUACACAACAAAAAUCGAAAUGCCUAUCCUCUGGUGCUUUUAAGUCAGUUUGUCAUUGUGCUGCUGUAAAUGUCAAGGCAAGUCAGUCAGAGAUGUGCUUCUUCAAUUAGUGUCUAAAGUGGAUUGAUGUCUUCAUGAUUUAACUUCCAUCCUUUCCUCCCGUUUACUGCAGCCUUUGCUGUGCUGUGACUGCACAUAUUGCAGAUCUUGAAUAUCUGCAGUGAAACCUGUAAAUACUUAAUAGUUUAGAUCUGCAUGGUAGGUGAUUCAUUUAUUUUAAUUUCUGUGUCGUUGAUCCCUCUUUUGAUAUUGCUGCUUUGUGUUUUUGAAUGAUUUUGUUGCAUGUUUCUUUGUGUAUUAAAUUCUAAAGCGAUCAGAAAUCAUGGAGAGACCAAAAGUUUCUUACACCUGUAUUGU